AUGGAGCGCUCGCAGAGCCGCCUCAGCCUGUCCGCCUCCUUCGAGGCGCUCGCCAUCUACUUCCCGUGCAUGAACUCCUUCGACGACGAGGACGCGGGGGACAGCCGGAGGUUGAAGGGGGCCAUCCAGAGGAGCACGGAGACCGGCCUGGCAGUGGAGAUGCCCAGCCGGACCCUGCGCCAGGCCAGCCACGAGUCCAUCGAGGACAGCAUGAACAGCUACGGCUCCGAGGGCAACCUUAACUACGGGGGAGUCUGUCUGGCAUCGGAUGCCCAGUUCAGUGACUUCCUGGGCAGCAUGGGGCCGGCACAGUUUGUGGGCCGCCAGACCCUGGCCACCACGCCGAUGGGGGACGUGGAGAUCGGCUUGCAGGAGCGGAACGGUCAGCUGGAAGUGGACAUCAUCCAGGCUCGGGGUCUGACGGCCAAGCCAGGCUCCAAGACACUGCCAGCGGCCUACAUCAAGGCCUACCUGCUGGAGAACGGCAUCUGCAUUGCCAAGAAGAAGACCAAAGUCGCUCGCAAGUCGCUGGACCCACUAUAUAACCAGGUGCUGCUGUUUCCUGAGAGUCCCCAGGGCAAAGUCCUGCAGGUGAUCGUGUGGGGGAACUACGGGCGGAUGGAGCGGAAGCAGUUCAUGGGCGUGGCCCGCGUGCUGCUGGAGGAGCUGGACUUGACCACCCUGGCCGUGGGCUGGUACAAGCUCUUCCCCACCUCCUCCAUGGUGGACCCAGCCACGGGCCCCCUGCUCCGGCAGGCGUCCCAGCUGUCCCUCGAGAGCACCGUGGGGCCCUGCGGCGAGCGAUCUUAG